GCUGCUGGAGGAGACGCGGCUGCCAAAGUGCCGCCGUCACCGGGCCCAGGCUCUGCCCCGCGGCACCUGCCAGGGCACCGGCACCCUGGAAACGGGCUGAAAAGAGCCGAUUUUGGUCCUGCUGUGCCAAAAAACGAUGGCAGAGCCGCCCAUCGUGCCGGUGUACUGCACCGGCGUCUCGGCGCAGGUCCAGCGGCAGCGGGCCAAGGCGCUGGGAUUGGGCCAGCACGAGAACGCCGUGCGCUACCUGGGGCAGGACUACGGGCGUUUGCUUGAGGAAUGCCGGAAUUCCGGAAGCCUCUUCCGUGACCCAACCUUCCCACCGGCACCCGGCUCCCUCGGCUUCCGCGAGCUCGGCCCCGGCACCUCCAAAACCUACGGUGUCCAAUGGAAGAGGCCGACAGAGCUGUGUUCACGCCCGCAGUUCAUCGUGGAUGGAGCCACACGCACUGACAUCUGCCAGGGAGCGCUGGGGGACUGUUGGCUGCUGGCGGCCAUUGCAUCCCUCACGCUCAAUGAGACUCUCCUGCACCGCGUGGUUCCGCAUGGGCAGAGCUUCCAGCAUGGAUACGCUGGGAUCUUCCACUUCCAGAUCUGGCAGUUUGGCGAGUGGCUGGACGUGGUGGUGGAUGACUACCUGCCCACCAAGGACGGGAAGCUGCUCUUCGUGCACUCGGCUGAGGGCAGCGAGUUCUGGAGCGCGCUGCUGGAGAAAGCCUACGCCAAGGUGAACGGCUGCUACGAGGCACUCGCAGGUGGCAGCACCUCGGAGGGCUUUGAGGACUUCACUGGUGGCGUGACGGAGUGGUACGACCUCCGCAAGCCCCCCGCGGACCUCUACCGGAUCAUCCUCAAGGCGCUGGAACGUGGCUCCCUGCUUGGCUGCUCCAUCGACAUAACAAGCGCCUUCGACAUGGAGGCGGUGACGUUCAAGAAGCUGGUGAAGGGACACGCGUACUCGGUGACGGGAGCCAAGCAGAUCAACUACCGCGGGCAAUCCCUGGGGCUGAUCCGUAUGCGCAAUCCCUGGGGAGAAGUGGAGUGGACAGGACCGUGGAGCGAUAGCUCAUCCGAGUGGAACGCGGUGGAGCCGGCGCUGCGGCAGCAGCUGAUGGUCAGGAUGGAGGACGGGGAAUUCUGGAUGUCCUUCCGGGAUUUCCUGCGGGAAUUCACCCGCCUGGAGAUCUGUAACCUCACCCCAGAUGCUCUCCAAUCCCGCAAAUUCCGCAAGUGGAACACGCGCCUCUAUGACGGGACAUGGCGCCGCGGCAGCACGGCCGGCGGCUGUAGGAACUACCCCGCCACUUUCUGGAUAAACCCACAGUUCAAGAUCCAGCUGGAAGAGGUGGACGACACUGGAGAUGAGGAUGGUGGGCGCGAGCCUGGCUGCAGCUUCCUCCUGGCGCUGAUGCAGAAGAACCGGCGCCGUGAGCGCCGCUACGGCAAGGACAUGGAGACCAUUGGGUUUGCUGUCUAUGAGGUUCCUCCUGAGUAUGUGGGGAAGUCAGGCGUGCAUCUCAAGCGGGAUUUCUUCCUGGCCAACGCCUCGCGCGCCCGCUCGGAGCAGUUCAUCAACCUGCGGGAGGUGAGCACGCGGUUCCGGCUCCCGCCGGGCGAGUACAUCGUGGUACCCUCCACCUUCGAGCCCAACAAGGAAGGAGACUUCGUCCUCCGCGUCUUCUCCGAGAAGAAAGCCGGCACCGAGGAAAUGGAUGACAAGAUCCAAGCGACGCUUCCGGAUGAGAAAGUGCUCUCCGAAAGCCAAAUCGAUGACAACUUCAAGGCGCUCUUCAAGCAGUUGGCUGGACCGGACAUGGAGAUCAGCGUCACCGAGCUUCAGACCAUCCUCAACCGCAUCAUUGGCAAACAUAAGGAUCUCCGAACCAAAGGCUUCAGCACUGAGUCCUGCCGCAGCAUGGUCAACCUCAUGGAUAAAGACGGCAGCGGGAAGCUGGGAUUGGUGGAGUUCAACGUGUUGUGGAACCGGAUCCGCAACUACCUGACCAUCUUCCGCAAGUUCGACCUGGAUAAAUCCGGGAGCAUGAGCAGCUACGAGAUGCGGAUGGCGCUGGAAGCGGCGGGGUAUAAAUUGAGCAAGAAGCUCCACGAGUUGAUCAUCACCCGCUACGCGGAGCCCGACCUCGCCAUCGACUUCGACAACUUCGUCUGCUGCCUCGUGCGCCUGGAGACCAUGUUCCGGUUCUUCCAAGCAAUGGACGUGGACCAGGACGGUGUCGUCACCUUCGACUUGCUGCAGUGGCUCCAGCUCACCAUGUUCGCCUGAGCAGACCCCAAGUGCCUUCCCAGCGGGAGCCGCCGGUGUCACCGCGCUGGAUUUUCCCUCUUUGGUGGCUUUUUCCUUGUUUCCCAGCACAAGAAGGGUGGUGUUUUGGGGGGGUGUGGGGUGCGUGAGGCACCACAAUCAUCCCCAAACCGGGAUACCGGGACACCCGGUCACGCUUUGCCAAGGAAACGCUCCUUCCCCUGCCUCUGCAUGGAGGUUUUGGGGGGAAUUCCCAAGGUUUUGGUGCUUCUUCAGAUAACGGAAGGAGCCGGAGUAGGGGUCACCGGGUGUUGGGACCCCCCAGCACGACUGCCAUUGCUUCCUGCUUCCGCCUCCGACAGGGAUCUUCUGCUUCCCGGGUGCCAAAAUAGUGG